AUGCGGCUGAGACUGGCCGGCUGCAAGGUGUUCUCGCGACGCUACAUCCUGCGCCACACCGCCAUGGAGGUCUUCCACCCGCUCAGGCACCGCAGCUACUUCUUCAACCUCUUCUUCCGGGAGCCGCUGCAGGCCCUGCUCGGCGAUCUGCGUUCGGCGGAAGUGGAAGUGAUCGAGCGCAGGGCCGAUGAGUUCGCCAGGGCUGGGACCACCAACGAUCUCGCCCAGUAUCCCGUCUUCCCCUGGGUCAUCGCCAACUACAACGGCCAGAACAACUUCCGCGAACUGGACAAGGAGUUUUGCAGGCAAUCCCAAAACAUGCGGGAGCUGAGCUUGCCAACCGGCAAGCUGAACCCGGAGAAAUUCAACAAGCUGAAGGCGAGACUCAAGGAGGUGGAUGCGAGCGACAGAGAAAUCCGCUUCUUGUAUGGAACCAUAUACUCCAAUCCAACUUUCCUACGCAACAGGAACCGCAUCGACCUCGGGCGCAAGCAGAAGGGCGAGGACGUGGACGCAGUCGUGCUUCCGGUGUGGGCUCGCACGCCUGAGGAAUUCAUCUUCAAGAUGCGUGAAGUCUUGGAGUCGAACUUCGUAAGCGAGCAGCUGCACCAGUGGAUCGACCUCAUCUUCGGCUACAAGUCACCCAUCGACGUGGCCGAGGAGCACGACAACCUCUACCACUACCAAUGCUACGAGCACGACCUCUUCCAGGACUACGAGACUGAAAACGAAAUGAGGAUCGCACAGAUUGCCAUCAGCGAGUUUGGACAGGUGGCUGAGCAACUGUUCACCCAUUAA